UCCCCCUUGGGUGGGGUUGACACCCAAGGUGGGUUGUUACUGACUGGAUGGCGAUUAGCUCCACUUCCAUUCUUUCAAAAUGGCUUGUAACAGCACCACUUCCUGUCCAGGGAGGAAGUAAUUUUAGCCCAAGCCUUGAAAUAUUUAGCAAAUCUUUAAAACAAAAAGAGCAAAUUGCAUUUCUUUUCGGUUUCAAAAGGGUGCCUGAGCCACAUGGGGUUAAGGUGCCCCCUCAGCUGGGGUAGUUGGAAGAAGUCAGGGCUGUGGGGGGUAGCAGGCACCCUUUAGGUGGAGGCUAUCUCUUUUUUUUGGUAGAAAUGAAGGGGUGGGUCUAUGGUACAUCACCUGAGUUGUGGGGUAAAUGUAGAGAGUGUCAAUCAAAGGCAGAGCUCAGAGCUGGGAAGGAGCUCUAGAUGGCGGCUGUGCCUUAGAGAGAGCGCGCUCAGCUCCGUGCCUUCCCCAACACUUUACGCAACUUUCCCUAACUUUCGGGCAGCCUCAGGGGGCCCCCACAGCCCCUUGCCUCUCCUAGGCACUGAUCGGGGGCUGAGCGGACCUUUUUCGGGCAGAAAAGCAGCUUUUGAGGGCUCCCUUUUCGUGCCUUGCUGGAAAGAAGAAGCCGUGGAGAGAGCCCAGGUCGUUGUUUUUCCAGCUUAGAAGCCAUGGCGUACCUCCAUUUUUGUGCGCUCUCCUAAUGAGCUUUUUCCCCCGGACAUUUUUGUACUAAUUAUCGCUUCUUUUGCUUUAUCGGCAGCAUAUUUUUGGGAUUAGAAUAUAUAUAUUUUUUUCAUUAUCUGAAAUUAGUAUUUUAUCAUUCUGAGUCUAAAUAUUUUGGAUCUAAUGUUUUUCCACUACCCGCAACUAAUAUCGACUUGGUCCUGGCGGCGGUGCAUGGAUCAGUAAAUACCUGGGCACAGGACUUCAAAGCAAACAGACACCCCUGGCCCCCUCUUAAUAUUUAAGAAUAAAAAGAUGAUGAGAAAUAAGGACAAAAGCCAAGGAGAGGAGGGUUCAGUCCACAGCAAUGCAUCGAGUCACUCGGCAUCUGAAGAAGCCUCUGGCUCGGACUCUGCGAGCCAGUCUGAAAGUGAGCAGGGCAGCGAGCAGGGCAGCGAGUCAAACAGCAGCUCGGAGUCCUCCGAAAGUCAGUCUGAAUCCGAAAGUGAAUCAACGGGUUCCAAAUCCCAGCAGACCCCUCCUGAAACCAAAGAAAAACCGGCCUCUAAGAAGGAAAGGAUAGCAGAUGUUAAAAAGAUGUGGGAAGAAUAUCCUGAUGUUUAUGGGGUUAGGAGGUCAAACCGAAGCAGACAAGAACCAUCGCGAUUUAAUAUAAAAGAUGAGGCAAGUAGCGAAUCUGAAAAUGAGAGCCCCAAAAGAAGAGGUCAGAAACAAAUGAAAAAAACAAAUAAGUGGAAAAGAGAGGUCUCUGGUGAAGAAGAGGAUGAAGAUGGAGGGGAGCAAGGUACAAGCGCAGAGAGUGAGCCUGAACCGAAGAAAGUUAAAGCAAGAAGACCUGUCCAAAGGAGAACAGUGGCCAAAACCAGUGUUAAAAAGCCUCACAAACCCCAGCGUGGGAAGAAGAGAAAGAAACAAGACUCAUCUGAAGACGACGACGAUGAUGAAGAUGAUGAAACUCCUAAGAGACAAACUCGACGCAGAGCAGCCAAAAAUGUCAGUUACAAAGAAGAUGAUGAUUUUGAGACCGAUUCUGAUGACCUGAUAGAGAUGACUGGAGAAGGAGCUGAUGAACAGCAGGACAACAGUGAAACUAUUGAAAAAGUCUUGGACAUCAGGCUUGGAAAGAAAGGAGCCACUGGUGCUUCCACCACAGUGUAUGCAACUGAAGCCAAUGGCAACCCAAGUGCUGACUUUGACCCUGAAAAGGAUGAGGGAGAAGUUCAGUACCUGAUCAAAUGGAAAGGCUGGUCAUACAUCCAUAGUACGUGGGAAAGUGAAGAGUCCCUGCAGCAGCAGAAGGUGAAGGGCCUGAAAAAACUAGAAAACUUCAAGAAAAAAGAGGAGGAGAUCAAGCAAUGGCUGGCCAAGGUAUCACCUGAAGAUGUGGAAUAUUUCAAUUGCCAGCAAGAGCUAGCUUCAGAGUUGAACAAACAGUAUCAAAUAGUGGAGAGAGUAAUUGCUGUGAAGACCAACAAGUCUGCCACAGGACAUUCUGAGUUCCCAGCAAACAGUCGCAAAAUAUCCUCAAAUGACCCUGAAUACCUCUGUAAGUGGAUGGGGCUGCCCUAUGCAGAAUGCAGCUGGGAAGAUGAGGCUCUGAUAAGCAAGAAAUUUCAGCACUGCAUCGACAGCUUCAACAAUCGUAACAACUCCAAAACUAUUCCAACCCGAGACUGCAAGGUGUUGAAGCAGAGACCUAGGUUUGUUGCCUUGAAGAAACAGCCUUCUUAUAUUGGUGGUGAGAACCUGGAGCUGCGAGAUUACCAGCUGGAAGGCCUCAACUGGCUCGCUCAUUCAUGGUGCAAGAACAACAGCGUGAUCCUGGCUGAUGAAAUGGGCCUGGGGAAGACUAUUCAGACAAUAUCCUUCCUGUCAUACCUCUUCCAUCAGCAUCAGCUGUAUGGCCCUUUCCUGGUGGUGGUGCCCUUGUCGACUCUGACCUCAUGGCAGAGAGAGUUUGAAGUGUGGGCACCCGAGAUAAAUGUCGUUGUUUACAUUGGAGACCUUAUGAGCAGGAACAUGAUACGUGAAUAUGAGUGGAUCCACUCUCAGUCUAAAAGGUUGAAAUUCAAUGCACUUAUCACAACGUAUGAGAUCCUUCUCAAGGAUAAGGCUGUUUUGGGAAGUAUUAACUGGGCCUUUCUAGGCGUGGAUGAAGCCCAUCGGCUGAAAAAUGAUGACUCUUUGCUGUACAAAACUUUGAUUGAUUUCAAGUCCAACCACAGGCUGCUGAUCACAGGUACCCCACUUCAAAAUUCCCUCAAGGAACUUUGGUCCCUGCUGCACUUCAUCAUGCCAGAGAAGUUUGAGUUCUGGGAGGAUUUUGAAGAGGACCACGGGAAAGGUAGAGAGAAUGGUUACCAGAGCCUUCACAAAGUCCUGGAGCCAUUUCUCCUACGCAGAGUGAAGAAGGAUGUGGAGAAAUCUUUGCCAGCCAAAGUGGAGCAGAUUCUCCGCGUGGAAAUGUCUGCCUUGCAGAAGCAGUAUUACAAGUGGAUUUUGACAAGAAACUACAAGGCUCUUUCAAAGGGAACAAGGGGCAGCACCUCUGGUUUCCUUAACAUUGUGAUGGAAUUGAAAAAGUGCUGCAACCACUGUUACCUUAUCAAACCUCCUGAGGAAAACGAGAGGGAAAAUGGCCUUGAGACCCUCCAGUCUCUGAUCAGGAGCAGUGGAAAGCUAAUUCUCUUGGACAAACUGCUGACUAGGCUGCGUGAGAGGGGCAACAGAGUGCUGAUCUUCUCUCAGAUGGUGAGGAUGCUGGACAUCUUGGCAGAAUACCUGACUAUCAAGCACUACCCUUUUCAGCGCUUGGACGGCUCAAUCAAAGGGGAGAUCCGAAAGCAGGCGCUGGACCACUUCAACGCCGACGGCUCUGAGGACUUCUGUUUCUUACUGUCAACGCGAGCUGGAGGACUGGGUAUUAAUCUGGCCUCUGCUGAUACUGUUGUUAUCUUUGACUCGGACUGGAACCCCCAAAAUGAUCUUCAGGCUCAGGCCCGGGCUCACCGAAUUGGACAAAAGAAGCAGGUGAAUAUUUACCGGCUGGUCACAAAAGGUACAGUAGAGGAGGAGAUCAUUGAGAGGGCCAAGAAGAAAAUGGUCCUGGAUCAUUUGGUAAUUCAGCGUAUGGACACCACUGGCCGGACUGUUCUGGACAACAACUCUGGGCGAUCCAACUCAAAUCCUUUCAACAAAGAGGAGCUGACAGCUAUUCUGAAGUUUGGAGCUGAAGAUCUAUUCAAGGAGCUUGAAGGGGAAGAGUCAGAGCCUCAGGAGAUGGACAUCGAUGAGAUUUUGCGUCUGGCUGAAACGCGAGAGAAUGAGGUGUCCACCAGCGCCACUGACGAACUGCUUUCACAGUUCAAGGUGGCAAACUUUGCAACCAUGGAAGAGGAAGAGACAGAGCUGGAUGAGAGGUCUCAGAAGGACUGGGAUGAUAUCAUUCCGGAGGAGCAGAGGAAGAAGGUGGAGGAGGAAGAAAGGCAGAAAGAAUUGGAGGAGAUCUACAUGCUGCCUAGGAUCCGGAGCUCGACUAAAAAGGCUCAGACAAAUGAUAGCGAAUCAGAUGCAGAAACUAAGAGAAGACUUCAGAGAUCAUCUGGAUCAGAAAGCGAGACUGACGAUACUGAUGACGAGAAGAGGCCGAAGCGCAGGGGACGCCCGCGGAGUGUUAGGAAGGAUACUGUGGAAGGAUUUACUGAUGCUGAAAUCAGGAGGUUUAUCAAGGCUUAUAAGAAGUUUGGACUGCCUCUUGAACGGCUGGAGUGUAUUGCCCGGGAUGCUGAGCUGGUGGAUAAGUCUGUAGCUGAUUUGAAACGGUUAGGGGAACUCAUCCACAACAGCUGUGUGUCAGCAAUGCAAGAAUAUGAGGAGCAACUGAAAGAAAAUCCAGGUGAAGGGAAAGGACCUGGGAAAAGAAGAGGUCCUACUAUCAAGAUUUCUGGUGUCCAAGUCAAUGUGAAAUCCAUCAUCCAGCAUGAAGAAGAGUUUGAAAUGCUGCAUAAAUCCAUCCCCACAGACCCAGAGGAAAGGAAGAAGUACCGCCUGACGUGCCGUGUCAAAGCUGCCCAUUUUGAUGUAGACUGGGGAGUGGAGGAGGAUUCUCGCUUGUUAGUGGGAAUUUACGAGCAUGGUUAUGGAAACUGGGAGCUAAUUAAAACAGAUCCGGAAUUGAAGUUAUCUGAUAAGAUCCUACCAGUUGAGACAGAUAAGAAACCUCAGGGAAAACAGCUCCAGACCCGGGUUGAUUAUCUACUGAAACUGCUGAAGAAAGAUCUGGACAAGAAAGAAAACAUGAAAGAUGGGGAAGAGGGCAAGUUGAAGAAGAGGAAACCACGGGUAAAGAAAGAGAACAAGGCUCCCAAAGUCAAAGAUGAGCACGGGAAUGAACUCUCCUCUCCUCGGCAUUCAGACAACCAGUCAGAAGAGGGUGAAGUCAAGGAGGAUGGCUUGGAAAAAAGCCCAGUGAAAAAGAAACAGAAGAAGAAAGAGAACAAAGAGAACAAGGAGAAACAGACAACCACUAAGAAGGAAAAGGAAAGUGAUAAAGAGAAAAAGAAGACAAAAGAAAAGAAAGAAAAGCCUAAAAGUGGUGAAACCAAAUCUGGAAGCAAAGGGAAGAGAUCUCAAGGUCCCGUCCACAUUACAGCAGGGAGUGAACCAAUCCCCAUUGGAGAAGAUGAGGAUGAUGAUCUGGACCAAGAAACAUUCAGCAUAUGCAAGGAAAGAAUGAGACCAGUAAAGAAAGCAUUGAAGCAACUAGAUAAGCCUGACAAGGGACUGACGGUUCAAGAACAGCUGGAGCACACACGCAACUGCCUCCUAAAAAUCGGGGACCGCAUCUCUGAGUGCCUUAAAGCUUACACUGACCAGGAUCAUAUCAAGCUAUGGAGAAGGAACCUAUGGAUAUUUGUGUCAAAGUUCACAGAAUUUGAUGCCAGAAAGCUGCAUAAACUCUACAAGAUGGCUCAUAAGAAAAGAUCGCAGGAAGAGGAGCAGGAGCAGAAGAAGAAGGAGGACAUGUCUGGCAUGAAGAAGCCGUUCCGCCCAGAGCCAUCAGGCUCCAGUCGCGAUUCUGUGAUGUCUCAGUCUCACGUGCCUCACAAUCCUCAUUCCCAGAAGCUCCACAUGCCCCCUUCCCAUGCCCAGCAGCAAAUGCAUGGGCAUCCGCGUGACAACUAUGGCCAUCCCAACAAGAGACAUUUCAGCAACACGGAUCGAGGAGACUGGCAGAGAGAUCGAAAGUUCAACUAUGGCGGCAACAGCAACCAGGUGUGGGGCGGGGAGCGGCACCACCAGUACGAACAGCACUGGUACAAAGAUCACCACUAUGGGGAUCGCCGAUCUCGUGGAGAGCCCCAUCGAAGCUCUGGGAACUACAGACCAAAUAACCUCUCCCGCAAGAGGCCCUAUGAACAGUACAAUAGUGACCGAGACCACAGAGGCCACCGAGAUUAUUACGACAGGCACCAUCAUGAUUCCAAGCGUCGACGAUCUGAUGAGUUCAGGCCUCAGAAUUACCACCAGCAGGAUUUCCGACGGAUGUCUGAUCAUAGGCCGCCCAUGGGAUACCAUGGCCAAGGACCUUCGGACCAUUACCGGUCCUUCCACACAGACAAAUCGGGAGAUUAUAAACAGCCUCUUCCUCCACCUCACCCUGCAGUGUCGGACCCUCGCUCACCCCCAUCUCAGAAAUCCCCUCAUGAUUCCAAGUCACCCCUUGAUCACCGGUCACCCCUGGAUAGGUCAUUAGAACAGAAAAAUAAUCCAGAUUAUAACUGGAAUGUACGGAAAACAUAAAGUGACCAAGAGGGGAAAGUGUACGUCUGAAAUAUUCGGUCUGAUGCAACAGCGGCUGGUUUCUCAAACCAGUAACCAGAAACUCUGAACAUGCUGCUAUCAUCUUGCUGGGUCAAGGAGGAUUUUGGGGGAGCAGGUGGAGAAAAGUUCUCCCUAGCUCUUCAUUCUGGUCUGGAUUCGGUUUCCUUUCCUCCCUUGUCCAGUUGAACAUUGGAACCAGGCUUGCUGCCUGCUGGGAGGAUUGGGUGACAUCCUUUGCUUUGGUUUUGUUUCCCUCGGUCUGAUGGACCUGAGUGAAUUUUUCCCGGCCACAGAGUUUCCCCAGAACCAAGAAGGUGGAUUGAUGCUGCUUAGAUUGUGCAGAUGGCUGUAUGCCUGCUCUGACUUGAUGUUAUGUGAUAGAUGCUGCUUUGGAAUUGGGGAUAAACUGAUUGGGCUGGGCUCUGUGUGUAACCAGCAUAGGGCAGUGGGAAGAUAGAUAUCUAAGGAGAGACAGGAGAGUCCUUCAGGAGCCAAGCUUUUCCUACUGCAGGGCUUGGCUAAAAUGGGGGCUCAACAUCUCUGCAGAGUGACUCCAAAGGAGUUGAACCCACGCUGGUGACAAUCCAUCGCUUUCCUGGCCGCAUUAGCAUUUCUCAUGUGUUUAUCCAUUUCAAGAAACUGGCUCUGCUUGAGUGCCAUUGUAUCCUCUGCAACAGAAGAGGUGCAGGGAAUCUUCUACCCACCUCCAGGGCUGGAACUGGGUGAACCUUGGCUGCAGGAAGCUUGAGAUAUGUGAAGAAGAGACAGGCUUCCUUAGUCAAGGCUUAGUUCACUUCUAAACAGUAGGAAAGGAAUUGGGAUGAGAACAGUAUUUCCCAGUGGAUAAGGCUCAGGAAUUCCUAACAAAACUCCUUGCCUGAUGCUGGCAGCUUGGAUGGUCCAGGAACUAGUACCAACCAUGUUGACUGGAAGCAGCAAGGUACUAGGGCAAAAGAUGGCUCUAGGCAUUUGAGGAUCCUGACUCUUCUAACCUCCCUGCCACUGAAGUACCCCAGUCUUUGUGCAAGCCAUUUCUCUCUACUUCACAAAGCAGUGAUCACAAACCUUUACUGCAAUCUAUGGGAGGGUAGAGCAGAGUUAAAUAGGAAGCUGGUGGACCGCUGUCCAGCAAAAGGUCACCUCUCUGCCGCUGCGUUAGCAAGCAGCAGUAACUCUGAAUUGGUAAAUAUGGCUGCACUGGAAGAUCUCCUCACUCUAAAUUGGAAAAAUGCCUGAGACCCUAGCACAUAAGUGAAAAGAGGGAGAGGUAGGAAUUCAGGACUCUGGUACUUAAAAAAAUCCUGGAGCAAAUGUCUUAGGAACCCAACACAGGCAGAGGGAGGAGAAUGGUUUGCAGUCCAUCUGAAUGGACUUCAGAGCAAACGUUUAUCUAAGUAUCUAAGAAUCACAGUAUAUUAUGAGGAAUAAUGUCCAGCCUGGAGAGUAAUAUGGUGAUAGUGGUUACAGCACCAACUGAUGGCCGGAAGUAGACUGGGUGUUUUUUUUUUGUUUGUUUGUUUUUUUUUUUUUUUUUUUUUUUAGGCUGUAGCUCUUCAUUUAUGGAGUCAUGUCCCUGGAGAUUAAAAAGCAGCCAGCACCCCAUAACAUGGUGUCUGGGGAUGCGUCUCAUCUCCUGGAGCUCAGUAUUAAAGAUCAGGCUGGUUCCACGCUGCUCCUUUUGGUAGGGGGCAAAUGUUGGGCCUCCUUUUAAGAUGCCAGUAUAUGACCCUAAUAAGCUGUGAUGUCGCUUCCCUGAAAGAUAGAGGGGAGAUGGAUGUUCAGGGUUGGCUUGCCUGACUUGCAGCUGUUGUGCCUACUGUAGCUAGCACUUUGGAAGACUGCACACAAAUCAACACUAAUAACCUCUGUGUCUCCCAUUUGCUUGGUGCUGAAGGAGUUACGUUCCUUGAAAUCCGUUGUGAUCAUGGCAUGCUCACGCUGUUCUGAGCCCACUGGUUUAACUAGGCACAUGUCCUGUUAAACGUUUCAAGAGAGCAUCCAUGAUUUGUUGCACAUGGAGCAGCUGCACGACUGCCCAUCGUUGUGCCACAAGACCAACUAUAUGCCUGGCUACAUGUUUGCAUUUUGCUCUCUCCAGCUGAGGUUUGCUUAACCCCCUACUGUGAUACUCAUGAAAGGGGUAGCCCUCUGGCUUGUGUCCCAUCAGUGAGAAUUUUGGCAAGCAGGAGACCUGUUGGGGCUAAUCUCAAGGCAGAUGUAGAGAGACAUCAAAUCAUGGCUUUGGGAGGUGAGGAAAUGUUCUGCUUCUUUUUUUUUUUUUUUUUUUUUUUCCUUCUCUUUUUUUUUUUUUUUUCUUCUUCCUAAGCUUUACACCAAACUUACCAGAAGCAGGGCAGUCUUGCUUCCAUAGGAGUGAACCUGUACAGGCAGCAGUGCACUGUCCUGAAGAAGUAUUACAUGUGUAUUUGUGCAGUAGGAGGAGAAGGCAAGUCUUCCAUGGUCUCCCUUGGAGCUGAAGGGUGGAUAGGAGGAGUUGAGGUAAUGCGUUUCUGCUGUGGUUUUCACUAAGGUGUGUUGAGGGGUGCAGCUGCUGCGGUGUUCAACAAAGAGGUCCUUUCUUUUCAGAGGUAUUAGUUUUUAAUGUGAACGUGGAAGAAACCUGCUCACUCAGAGGAGCAAAGAGGAAUUGUUCUUUUCAUUCACAUUCACAAAGCGAUGCUAUCAUGAUGGAAAGUUUGUGCCAUACGCUUGUAGCAAAAGGCAAUACUGGCCAGAGCAGUAUUACAGUAGGUGCAGGAAGACUUUGAACCCCCACAGGAGGGGUUGUCAUGGAUGAUCUAUGUCUAGAUUUGAGCGGUUCUGCUUGUCCUGGGUUCCAGGCAUGAAAUUGUAUGGGGUUCCUUCUAGAAACCAGGGCAACAGUAAAAGCUUUAUCCAUAUCCAGUGAAGAGCUGCGCCUGCUGUCACGUUAGCUUGAUAUUAACCAUAUAGUUUUGUUCCCUCAUGGUGAGGGAGUUUUCACUUGGGUUUGGCCUUAAACAACCUGGAGAACUAGACUGGAGAGAGAGGGUCCUCCCCAAGCACACACCUGCGUUUUCUGUCCCCUCAAAAUAGGGACCAUAACCAGAUGUAGUCUCUUAGAUGUGAAUGGGAUUGGAGAGUACAGGUCCACAGCCGUAACCUUCACUAUAGUGUUUGUGGCAACAUCUGGUACAGCUGUUCUUUCCAAAGCAGCUGCAGGAUUCCUCUAGCCUCUUUGCAGGAAAAGUUGCAAGUAGCAACUUGCUGGAUUUUUUGUUUUGUUUUAAAAAAUGAUUUUUUCAGCCUAGCUCUUUUGGAAAUGGUAUAAAGGUAUGAAUUUACACGAUGGAAGCCCUGCAGACUAAAAGCUGCUGCAGGUAAGUGAAGUGAUGCCUAAUUGAAGUGGAUGCUUAACAGCUCCUUGAAGUCUUUCUGAACAGUUUUAAGUGAUCCACACAAAAGUACUAUUCUGCUUUCACCCAUUUCCUCCUGACCUCCACCUCCCCACUGGGGAGAGAAGGACUCUUACUGUAAAAUUGUGGACUUUUAAACCUGUUGACUAAAAACAGUAAUUAAUAUUAAUUUAUAUUUGUGAAAAAAUGCCACUGUCCUAGUGAUUUCUGAUGUAAAUAUGUUGUUUAUAUAGUAUGUAUUAAAUUUUCCUACAUUGUAAAA